AUGGUCACAUACGCCCUUCUUGGGGCUACUGGUGCCACUGGCUCCAGCAUUUUACGUCACCUUCUUCAUGACCCACCCGACUCUCUUCGCAUUCAAAUCCUAGUUCGGUCAAAGAUCAAGCUACUACAAGCGUUCCCGGAUCUCCAGACAAGAAGAAACCCACAAGUCCACGUUAUACAAGGAACGUCUACAGACGCUGAUGCUUUGAGUGAGUGCCUCAGGAAUGCGACUAUUGCGUUCAUGUGUGUGGCGCAGAAUGGGAGCCCAAUUGGCACCACAUUGUGCCAGGAUAGUGCCCGCGCCAUCAUAUCCGCGCUCCAGCAACAACAGCAGUCGGAGGGAGCAAGUUACCAGCCAUGCACGAUCGUUCAGCUUCGCUCAGCCUCUUUGAAUCCUGCACUAGCCGUGCAGGUACCGGUCUUCGUUCAUCCAAUAGUCAGCUUCUGUCUCUUUGCCAACUAUGCGGAUAUCAAACAAGCGUGUCAAUACUACAGUGAAGCACGGAAGCAAGGGACAUUGGAAUACAUUUUCGUGGACCCUCCUACGCUUCAUGAUGCGAAUGGAACACAAUCAACGGGCUACAGAUUAAUCUCUACGGAGUCCCAAGCUACUGCCCUCAGCUAUGCUGACUUAGGAGCCGCGAUGUGUGAGAUUGCCCAACGCCGAAGCGAGUUCCACGGGCGUGCGGUGGGUGUAACUGCCACUGGUAGUGUCCAUCAAACCUGGGGAGUCCUACUGCGUCAUCUAUUGGAAGGUGGAUCGGCUCGUUUGAGGGAGAAAAUAGCGAAGAAUACAGUAGUUGUCGGGAUUGUGUGUUCUUUCCUGGUAGCAUUGGCAUAUCUGAUGUGA